AUGCGCCUCAUCCUCACUGGCGCAACCGGCCUCGUCGGCUCGGCUGCCCUCAACCAGAUCCUCUCCCUUCCCCGGGAACAGAUUUCUCACCUUUAUAUCCUCAGCCGCAGCCCCGUUCCGAUGGCAGAAAACCGACCCAAUAUAACCGUCAUCAAGCACGAGGAUUUUAGUGAUUACUCACCUGAGCUUUUGGAGAGGUUUAAAGGUGCAAAUGGGUGUAUUUGGGCUCAGGGAAUCUCUCAGUCCCAGGUUUCAAAGGAGGAAUAUGUGAAAAUCACCCUCGAUUACCCUCUCGCGGCAGCAGAGGCAUUCUCUACUUUGUCCGACUCAUUCAAUUUCGUCUACAUUUCUGGAGAGGGUGUACGUCGCCAUGCCCCAAUUGCUCCCUUCGGGUAUGAAAUACUAAUGAAAAAGGCGACCCAAUCUCCCUCCCCAUUCACCGCCCUCUUUGGCUCUGUCAAAGGCGAGUGCGAAUCCUCCCUUAUCUCCCUUGCCAAGAAAUACCCUAGUUUGAAAGCCUACUCGGUUCGUCCCGGGUACGUUGAUCCAGAGAACGACGCCCAGGUUCUGAAGCAUAUUAUGCAACGACCUGAUCAACAGACGCUGGCGAAGAGAGUGUUCCGGGGCGUGCUUGCGCCCUCGAUGAGGGCGUUCUUCGCGAAUUAUGUCUCUCCCACGGAGCAUCUGGGACGGUUCCUGACGGAUUUGGCGAGUGGCGAUGGGAGGCCGCUGGGUGGGAAGGGGGUGACUGGAGACGGUUGGAUUAUUUCGAACUCUGCGUUUCGGAGGAUGGUUGGGAUAUAA